AUGAGCGAGAAACUGUCACCAGAUCUACCUCCGGAGUUAACAGUGAGCGAGAAACUGUCACCAGAUCUACCUCCGGAGUUAACAAUGAGCGAGAAACUGUCACCAGAUCUACCUCCGGAGUUAACAAUGAGCGAGAAACUGUCACCAGAUCUACCUCCGGAGUUAACAGUGAGCGAGAAACUGUCACCAGAUCUACCUCCGGAGUUAACAGUGAGCGAGAAACUGUCACCAGAUCUACCUCCGGAGUUAACAAUGAGCGAGAAACUGUCACCAGAUCUACCUCCGGAGUUAACAGUGAGCGAGAAACUGUUAACAGAUCUACCUCCGGAGUUAACAGUGAGCGAGAAACUGUCACCAGAUCUACCUCCGGAGUUAACAGUGAGCGAGAAACUGUUACCAGAUCUACCUCCGGAGUUAACAAUGAGCGAGAAACUGUCACCAGAUCUACCUCCGGAGUUAACAGUGAGCGAGAAACUGUCACCAGAUCUACCUCCGGAGUUAACAGUGAGCGAGAAACUGUCACCAGAUCUACCUCCGGAGUUAACAAUGAGCGAGAAACUGUUACCAGAUCUACCUCCGGAGUUAACAGUGAGCGAGAAACUGUCACCAGAUCUACCUCCGGAGUUAACAGUGAGCGAGAAACUGUCACCAGAUCUACCUCCGGAGUUAACAGUGAGCGAGAAACUGUUACCAGAUCUACCUCCGGAGUUAACAGUGAGCGAGAAACUGUCACCAGAUCUACCUCCGGAGUUAACAGUGAGCGAGAAACUGUUACCAGAUCUACCUCCGGAGUUAACAGUGAGCGAGAAACUGUCACCAGAUCUACCUCCGGAGUUAACAGUGAGCGAGAAACUGUUACCAGAUCUACCUCCGGAGUUAACAAUGAGCGAGAAACUGUUACCAGAUCUACCUCCGGAGUUAACAGUGAGCGAGAAACUGUCACCAGAUCUACCUCCGGAGUUAACAGUGAGCGAGAAACUGUCACCAGAUCUACCUCCGGAGUUAACAGUGAGCGAGAAACUGUUAACAGAUCUACCUCCGGAGUUAACAGUGAGCGAGAAACUGUUACCAGAUCUACCUCCGGAGUUAACAGUGAGCGAGAAACUGUUAACAGAUCUACCUCCGGAGUUAACAAUGAGCGAGAAACUGUCACCAGAUCUACCUCCGGAGUUAACAGUGAGCGAGAAACUGUUAACAGAUCUACCUCCGGAGUUAACAAUGAGCGAGAAACUGUUACCAGAUCUACCUCCGGAGUUAACAGUGAGCGAGAAACUGUCACCAGAUCUACCUCCGGAGUUAACAAUGAGCGAGAAACUGUCACCAGAUCUACCUCCGGAGUUAACAGUGAGCGAGAAACUGUCACCAGAUCUACCUCCGGAGUUAACAGUGAGCGAGAAACUGUCACCAGAUCUACCUCCGGAGUUAACAGUGAGCGAGAAACUGUUACCAGAUCUACCUCCGGAGUUAACAGUGAGCGAGAAACUGUCACCAGAUCUACCUCCGGAGUUAACAGUGAGCGAGAAACUGUCACCAGAUCUACCUCCGGAGUUAACAAUGAGCGAGAAACUGUUACCAGAUCUACCUCCGGAGUUAACAGUGAGCGAGUAA